UUGUAAUGACAGAGUUGUAUUUUCAUCCACUGUACGCAAAAUGUCCUUGUCUGGCAGACCUAAAAUGGUGCCCAAAUUCAUCGGAGAAUCGGAAAGUUAAAUCUGAGAAAAGUUGAGGAUCCCUUGUUUCACUCAAAGUGACAACGCCUUUUUCUGUUUCAGUAUGGCUAGCGAGGAUAGCACCCCCUGCUGCACGUUUUCAGCCCCGAGCCACAGUGCCACUCUCCUCCAGGGCUUGUCAAUGUUGAGGGCUCAAGGCCAACUUCUUGACAUGGUGCUGACCAUCAAUGAGGAGCGCUUCCAGGUCCACAAAGCUGUGCUGGCCGCUUGUAGUGAUUACUUCAGAGCUAUGUUCACUUGCGGCAUGAAGGAGUCGAAUCAAAAUACCAUUGAGCUGGAAGGUUUGUCUGCCCGGGGCCUGAAGCAUAUUAUCGACUUUGCUUAUAGUUCGGAAGUCACUUUAGAUCUGGACUGCAUUCAGGAUGUCCUUGGAGCAGCUGCUUUCCUCCAGAUGGUCCCUGUUGUUGAAUUCUGUGAAGAGUUCCUCCACUCAGCCAUCAGUGUUAAGACAUGCCUGCACAUUGACCAGAUGGCAACCACCUUCAGUUUGUCUUCCCUCAAGGCGUCGGUGGAUGCCUUCACUUUUUGCCACUUCCUUCAAAUAGCCGAGGAGGAGGACUUCCUGCACAUUCCCGUGGAGCGCCUCGUCUUCCUUCUGCAGAGCAACAAGCUGAAAAAUUGCCGCGAGAUUGAUCUCUUCCAUGCAGCUAUUCGAUGGCUCCGACACGAUGAGUCCCGUCGCACUCAAGCGAGCAAUGUCCUCUGCCAUGUGCGCUUCCCACUCAUGCGUUCGUCUGAGCUGGUGGACAGUGUUCAGAGGGUAGACAUCAUGGUGGAGGACGUGCAGUGCCGCCAGUACCUCCUGGAGGCCUUCAAUUACCAAAUUCUUCCAUUCCGACAGCAUGAGAUGCAGUCACCACGCACGCUCAUUCGUUCUGAUGUCAUAUCAUUAAUCACCUUUGGCGGGACCCCGUACAGUACCAUCAGUGGCAAAGCAAGCACCAAGGUGUAUUAUCUCCCUGACGCUGCUUCCCGUCAGUUUCAGCAGUUGACUGAGAUGGACACAGGGCGCAGCCAUGCCUGCGUCGCCGUCCUUGACAACUUUGUGUAUGUUGUGGGUGGGCAGCAUUUGAAGUAUUCCAAUGGAGAGAGUGCUGUUGACAGCUGUAUGCGCUUUGAUCCGAACUUGAACCAGUGGCUCCGCAUCCAACCAAUGCAGGAGGCCCGCAUCCAGUUUCUUCUCAAUGUCUUGAACGGAAAACUGUAUGCAACUGGAGGGCGCAAUCGAUCUGGCAGUCUGUCAUCUGUGGAGUGCUACUGCCCAAAGAAAAAUAAGUGGACCAAUGUGGAGCCAUUAAAACGCAGGAUUUGGAGUCAUGCAGGGACCCCAUGUGGAGAAAAGCUAUACAUUUCCGGUGGUUAUGGCGUCUCUUUGGAUAACAUGAAAAUCCUUCACUGUUAUGACCCAGUGGCCGACCAGUGGAACUUCAGAGCGCCCAUGAACGAACCUAGAGUGCUGCAUGCCAUGAUAUGCAGUCGAGAUCGGGUCUAUGCUUUGGGUGGACGUGUGGACCAUGUGGACCACUGUUUUGAUGUGCUGACUGUCGAGCAUUACGAUCCACAGAGUGACCAGUGGACAACCAUCAGCCCCAUGAGAGCAGGCCAGUCCGAGGCUGGCUGUUGCCUACUGAACGGAAAAAUCUACCUUGUCGGGGGCUACAACUUGUACCGGAGAAAGGUCACGAGCAUCGUCCAGGUGUACAAUACAGAGACUGAUGAGUGGGAGAGAGAUUUACAUUUUCCCGAAUCCUUAGCUGGGAUUGCUUGUACACCAGUCGUACUUCCGCAGACACAGAAUAUCUGACCUAAUGGCUGUGAAAAUCUGCGUUAUUCAGGCUCCCAAAAUUCAAGACAAGGACCGUAAAUAGUAAGCAUGGGAUGAAUGAGUUCAAUUUGAUCACGACAAGGAACUUCACGGCACAAUAGAGUUUGAUGCUGCGUUCGUACAUCAUUACUGGACAUCGCCGCAUGUGUUACUUCCUUUUGUUGGAGUUCACGUUUUGAUCGUUUCAGAUUUGAUUUGGGGCAAAUUGAUAUGGCAAUUAAACUCCAAUCAGUCAUAAGUAACGGUUAAAUUAUUUAUUGACAAGUUUAUCUUUUUUUUUAACCAUUGACUCAAGUAAUGGCAUUUCAAAAGGUACUUUUUGGGUUUGGAUCUAUUGGUUAUCCACUGUUUUAAGUCUUGAUCCAGUAUGCUUUCCUUUGCUUUUUGGAGGGGCAGGCGUGAUUGCCUUGAGUCAGAUCAGGUGUAGAGCAGUGAUGCACUGUAUUUCGACUGAAAACCACCAAUUCCUUUACUUUUUGCAUUUUCUUUCUCACUGUCCUCGUGUAGUGUUUACUGUACUAAGGUCAGA